UCCUCCAUUUUCUCGAACAGCGCUCUCGAUUCUUCACUAGAAAUCCCAAUCUAGGGUUUUACAGAGAGCUCCUAAUCUUGGCAAAUAUCUCCGUCGGUGAUCAUCAUUAUCUGGCAGUGUUUCGUUUGAGCUAGUUUUGGAUUAUUCUCAACUCAGCCGUUAUUUCUUUGUUAGCAAAGGAGAAGUCAAAAUGCAAGUUGAAAGUGCUCUAUCCGUUAUUGGUCCGAGGCCAACGGAGCUGUCAACAAAUGUACAGAGCUUCGGCCCUCCAAUGCCGGGCACAAAUGGAAAACAGAGGACAUCAAGCUUAGAAGCACCAAUCAUGUUACUUACAGGGCAUCAAAGCGCAAUCUACUCGCUGAAAUUCAACCCUACGGGAAACGUAAUUGCGUCCAGCUCGCACGACAGGGAUAUCUUUCUGUGGAACGUGCACGGCGAUUGCAAGAACUUCAUGGUCCUAAGAGGGCACAAGAAUGCCGUUCUAGACAUUCAGUGGAACACCGACGGUACCCACAUAAUAUCAGCAAGCCCCGACAAAACCCUAAGAGCAUGGGACGUCGAAAUGGGGAAACAGAUCAAGAAAAUGGUCGGGCACCUUUUCGUCGUAAAUUCUUGCUGCCCCGCCAGGCGUGGUCCGCCCCUCAUCGUUAGUGGCUCCGACGACGGAACCGCAAAACUUUGGGACAUGCGGCAGAGGGCCUCCGUACAGAGCUUUCCCGACAAAUACCAAAUCACGGCAGUCAGCUUCUCCGACGCAUCGGACAAAAUUUACACCGGCGGCAUCGACAACGACAUCAAAGUGUGGGAUUUAAGAAGGACCGAUCCCGUGAUGAAACUCCAAGGCCAUCACGAUAUGAUCACCGGGAUGCAGCUCAGCCCCGACGGGUCUUACCUCUUGACCAAUAGCAUGGACUGCAGUCUUCGAAUAUGGGAUAUGAGACCGUACGCCCCGCAGAAUCGCUGCGUGAAGAUUCUAGAAGGUCAUCAGCACAACUUCGAGAAGAAUUUGUUGAGGUGUAGCUGGUCGCCGGACGGGAGUAAAGUGACUGCCGGCAGCAGCGACGGGAUGGUUCAUAUAUGGGACACGACCUCGAGGCGGAUACUGUAUAAGCUCCCGGGACAUACGGGGUCGGUGAACGAAUGCGUUUUUCAUCCCCACGAGCCGAUAAUCGGGUCGGGCAGCAGCGACAAGCAGAUUUUUCUUGGCGAGAUUUAGGAUGGGAUCGAUCUUUGGGGAGUAUUUUCUGGUAAAUGUUAUUUUUGUACUGUUGGUUUACGUUGUUGUGUGAAUCUGUGUGUGUCUUUGUUUGGUAGAUGUUUUGAGUUUGUGUUUGUGUUUAGAUGUCUUUUAUGGUUGCUUCUUUCUGUGUUGUUUGUUUGAUCAAAUGAAGGGUACUUUUACGCUUUA